UUUAAAGUGUAAAAUAUUAGAAGUUCAAAAUGGUGUGGAAAUGCUGUGUGCCAGGAUGUACAUUAUCAGGCAAAUUUCCAGUACAUCGAUUUCCAUCGGAAUCCACUAAAGCAGAAGUCUGGUUGAGGAUAAUUAAAAGAACCGAUAUGAUUGNUGCAUGCAAAGAAGCAAUGACCAAAUUAAGAAUUUGUACUGAACAUUUUUCAGAAGAUAUGAUAAAAUCUUAUGGAGUUCGGAGAAAUUUAAUAGAAAAUGCUAUACCUAACAAAAACUUGCCUUUAGAUGAUAAUGAUAAUAAUAAUGAUAAUACUAAUGACAAUAUAGAAGUAGAAAAUAUUGAAAAUAAUGAAAGCAGUAAUUUGCCAAAUAAUGAUAAUAGUAAUGAAAAUAGUCAAAAUAAUCAAAAUUCAAAUUAUGUAAAUGAAAAUGUAUCUUCUGAUAAUGUUCAGAACAAAGAAAGUUUGGCCGCUACAUCCAUGAAGCGGAAUCCUUUAGUAACAGCCAUAAAAAGAAGAUACAUUAAACAACUGAACAAGAAGAAGGCAGCAGUGAAGAAACUGAAAAAAAUAAUAAAACAGCAGCGAAAAAAUAAUUGGGAGGACAUAACGAAGAACAUGAACAACACGCAACGUAUUUUUUUGGAAAUGAUUCUUAGAAAUCGUAAAUAUAAAUCACAGAUUAUUAUACCAUCUCUGGAUGAGGAACUUUGUACUGAAGAACACAAGUAUGUGAUGGAAAAAGAAAUGCAAAUGAACGAGAUAUUUCAUCAUCACCAUAGUGAUAAAUACAAUGUCACUCAAAUU